UCUUCAUAGUUUCACAUGCUGUGAUUUUAAAGGUCCAAUGCUCAGAAUCAAUGCAAUCAAUGAGCUCAAUCAACCACCAAAAUAGAUUACCUGAGUUGCCAAAGCCUGAACUCCCCAACUACCAAAACUUGAAGUGCUUGAGAUUGCAAAAGCCUGAAUUGCCUAAAUUGCCAGAGAUACCAAAACCUGAAGUUCUUGAGUUGCAAAAACUAGAAUUGCCAAAGCUGCCAAAACCUGAAACACCCCAAGUCCCAGAGUUACUAAGGCCUGAAGUACCCAAAUCUCUAGAAUUGCCAAAACCUGAUGUUUCCAAAUUACCUGAGCUGCCUAAACCUCAUGGUCCUUGAAUCUCGAAAACAGCAUUUUGUUUCCAUCUAGCGUUGUUGUUACGACUAAUUACUAUCCAUUGUAUUCUUAUUUGAAGAGUAUUUCUUUGGUCCAUCUGUGUAUUAUGUAAUGAAUUAAGCAUCUGAACUACCAUAAUCCUAAUAUAGAUUAUGUAUACAUUCUUAUAUGAUGUACGGAAAGCACAUUAGUAGACUUCUUACCUGAACUACUUGCAGAUAUAUAUACAUAUAUAUAAAGCUAGCUUUUCUUCAUCCUUUGUUAGAGUUGUUGUUAGCAUUGUAACUCUCCUUAAUUAAUGUGUAGUUAACAUUAAUACUUGGUUGGAAGUUGAGAUUUGAUGUUUAGAGCACAAAGUGCAGUUGGAAGUAAAUGGAGCACAAAGGCCUUCAAGUCAGCAAACAUACAUUAAAUGAAAUUUUCUGUACUGU